CUCUCUCUCUCUCUUAAAAAAACAUACAAACGAAGUAUACGCUAAACAGUGGCGUUCACUUUUUCUAGAGUUCUCAUAGAGACCACAAACUCUCUCUCUCUAGAACUAUUACUAGUACCAUUUUCUCUUUCCACUUUUUUUUGAUCCUUCAACUGCCCCCACUCUCUCUCUGUCUGUCUUUCUCUCAAUUCUCUUCUUCUUCCAUGGAUAAUAAUGCUGUAAAGAACAUCCCCAAUAUCAAUGGAGGAACCUUGAUCUCAGACCUCAAAAGCCUCUUCUUCAUCCUCAAAACAAGAAGAACCGUUGUUUUUGUAUAUGGGUUCAUGCUUGCUUUUGUUGCUUUCACUAUUUUCUUAGCUUUCAGCCCCUCUUCUAACUCUGCCUCUCCUUGGUUCACCAACAUCUUCAGUAGUAGUAGCACCACCACCGACGGUGAUUCUGAUAGAUCUCAAUCCUCUUCUAUUUUCUCCUACUUCUUCCCCAACAACACUUCCCCACAAACCACUAAUACUUAUAGAUCUACUAAUACCACAUUCCAACCUCCUAGUCCCAACAAAGAGCUUCAAAACCAUCCUCAAACUACGCCGGUUUCUGAUAAGGGUAAAGUCCCAAACUCAAAUCAGACUAGUACCACAUUCCAAUCUCCUAGUCCCAGCAAAGAGCUCCAGAACCAUACUCAAACUACACUGGUUUCUGAUAAGGGUAAAGUCCCAAAUCCAAAUCAGACUAUACUUGUUGCCCCAGAAUCUCCGGUGGCAGAAGCGAAUCACACUACAACCGUGCCUGUGAAUUCUGUUCCUAGUGUGAAUAAAGAACCAACUUCUGUGAAUAACCAAACUCAAAGUGUAGAGAAUUCUGAUAAAGGUAAAGUUUUGAACACCAAUCAGACUUCAAUAUCAGCCCCGGCAAAAGCUCCUGUGGCUAAAAAUCAGAGUUUGAGUUCAUUGGGUUCUCCAAGUAAGAGUAAUUCUGAUGAGGCAGGGAAAGGCGCUUCCCUGUUGAAGAAACAGGGCAAUGAGAGUAAAUCAGGUGUUUCGGUGAAGAAGGGAGGGGAUAGUUUGGUGGAGUCUUUGAUUAACUGUGAUUUUUUUGAUGGGGAAUGGGUGAGAGAUGAUUCGUAUCCGCUUUACAAACCUGGGUCUUGUUCGCUGAUUGAUGAGCAGUUCAAUUGUAUUCUUAAUGGUAGACCUGAUAAAGAUUACCAGAAGAUGAAAUGGAAGCCUAAGGGGUGCAAUCUUCCUAGGUUGGACGGAAGUCGCUUAUUGGAUUUGUUGAGAGGCAAGCGGCUAGUUUUUGUUGGUGAUUCUCUGAAUAGGAAUAUGUGGGAGUCUCUAGUUUGCAUCUUGAGGAACUCAGCGAAAGAUAAGAGCAAGGUUUAUGAAGCCAAUGGUAGACAUUAUUUUCGAGGGGAAGCAUCAUACUCUUUCAUAUUCAAAGAUUAUGACUGCACUGUAGAGUUCUUUGUAUCUCCUUUCUUAGUUCGAGAAUGGGAAUUGCCAGACAAAAAUGGAUCAAAGAAGGAAACUCUUCGUCUUGAUUUAGUAGGGAGAUCUUCUGAUCAAUAUAAAGGAGCAGAUUUUAUCAUCUUUAACACUGGACACUGGUGGACUCAUGAAAAAACUUCUAAAGGGAAAGACUAUUAUCAAGAAGGAAGCCAUGUCUAUGGUGAAUUGAAUGUUCUUGAGGCAUUUCGAAAAGCUUUAACUACAUGGGCCAGAUGGGUUGAUGCCAAUAUAAAUCCAUCGAAGUCUCAAGUUUUCUUCAGGGGUUAUUCCGACACCCAUUUCAGUGGUGGACAGUGGAAUUCUGGUGGGCAAUGUGAUCAUGAGACUCAGCCCAUCAAGAAUGAGACAUAUCUGAGGCCAUAUCCACCCAAGAUGACCGUACUGGAGAAAGUACUCAAAGGGAUGAAAACUCAUGUCACCUACUUGAAUAUUACAAGAAUGACAGAUUUCAGGAAGGAUGGUCAUCCAUCAAUUUACCGGAAGCGGUACCUGUCUAAGGAGGAAAGGAGAUCACCAUUGAGGUUCCAAGACUGCAGCCAUUGGUGCCUACCUGGUGUUCCUGAUGCAUGGAAUGAGGUUUUCUAUGCCGAGCUCUUAAUAAAACAGCAUAAAAUGCAGCAACAUCAGAAGAGACCUUAGGUAAAACUACACGAACUCGAGGCUGCAUCCACAAUUUAAUUAAUUGUUGAGUUGCAAUCACACCUAUAUUCAGUAUAGUUUUUUGUCUCCUUUUUGGGAACUAUAGUAACAAACAAGAUACAUGGGGAGGAGGAGUAUUUUUUUUCCUAUAAAUUAUAAGAGAAAAGGAAAAAAAAAAAAAAAAAAAAAUUCUUGAAGAGGUAAGUCUGGUGUAAUAAUGUCUUUUGUUUAUAUGAAUGUAAGAAAGGAAGGGGAGAGGAUAGAACAAAGACAGGGAUUCCCAAUUUGUAGUUGGAAAAUUUUCCCUCUAGAUCCACUUCCUCUUUUAGCUAGCCUCAAAAGCUAUGAGGAUUGUAAAUCUAUAAUUUGUUUUGUUUAAUUUAAAGAAAUUGUCAGUUGUAAUCAUUA